CGACAAUUGUCUGUGUAUACGGAGUACUGAUCCUCUUGCGUUCGGCAAUUGAUGAAGCAUAUUUGAUCUACCGUGUUGGUCGUACAGAACUUUGUAGUAGGGACGAGGCAUAGACUCCUCAGUCAACUGGCGUUGGUUGACCGUAUUCGGUCACGAUUGCGCAAUAUGAAAUGGCCGUGUUGACGGCUAACUGUACGGAGUUUAGUACCAGUAGUGGUCCCUUGCUAUCGCCCAAACAGGAAUCAAUCCGCCAAGUUCGUAUAUAAACUCUCCGGCCGCACGUGACAUGCAUUGGACCCUCGGAAAGGAACUCCAAUUCCCUGCGCCAUUUACGUAGGACUCGAGAUAGCAUCGUCAUUGUCCCACUUUUCAGUCAAUAUCAUUCAAGUAAUCAUAUUUACUGGACAGACAAUAUUCCGCCUGCCCAAAGUCGUCCCCCAUGAAGUCCGUCUACUCGCUUUUGCUGAGUGCUGCCCUCACGGCGGCUUCUCCGCACCCCGCAUUUCCACAGUCACCUUUGGGUGUGCCAACAACAUCGUCACCAUCAACAGGGACGUUCAAUUCCGCUGAGGAAGUGAUCAAUGCCUCGCCCUUCCUAUCUUUCCACAGAGAUAUUGUGCAGAUUGAAUCUAUCUCUAGCAACGAGCACAAUGUCGGGGAGUUCAUCGCCGAUUUUCUCCGCACCCGCAACUUCACCGUCAUUAAGCAGGUAGUAAUUUCGUCUUCCCAAACGGAAAACCAAGAGCGCUUCAACAUCUUUGCCUACCCAUCUUCCAAUACCCCGGAAGUUCUCAUUACCAGCCACAUUGACACUGUCCCACCGUUUAUCCCGUACUCCUUGCACACCGACUCGACAACGGACAAUGACCCGUCUACGAUCCGCAUCUCUGGUCGCGGCUCCGUCGACGCCAAAGGCAGCGUCGCAGCCCAAGUCUUCGCUGCUCUUGACGUCCUUGAACAAAAUCCCAGUGCACCCUUGGGUCUACUUUUCGUUGUCGGCGAAGAAACCGGCGGAGAUGGCAUGAGAGCAUUCUCGGAGUCUCCACUCAACCCAGCUCCCUCCUCCUUCCACACUGUCAUCUUCGGUGAACCCACCGAGCUCGCCCUCGUCUCCGGCCACAAGGGCAUGCUGGGCUUCGAAAUAGUCGCCAACGGCCACGCUGCCCACUCCGGAUACCCCUGGCUCGGACGCAGUGCCAUCUCCGCCGUCCUCCCGGCCCUCUCCCGCGUCGACCAGCUGGGCAACAUCCCCGCCGACAAGGGCGGUCUCCCUUCCAGCCCGAAGUACGGCAACACAACCGUCAACAUCGGCAGAGUCAAUGCCGGCGUUGCUGCCAACGUCGUCCCUGCCACUGCCCGCGCUGACGUCGCCGUGCGUCUAGCCGCGGGCACCCCUGAUGAGGCACGGGAUAUCGUCGGACGGGCCGUGCGCGAUGCCACGGAUGGUAACCCCGAUGUGUAUGCGGAUUUCAGCACCCGCACCGAAGGAUACCCCCCUCAGGACCUGGAUACGGACGUCGAAGGAUUCAACGUCACGACGGUAAACUACGGCACGGAUGUGCCGAACCUGCAGAUCCACGAGCGUGAGGACGGCCCCGUCCGUCGCUACCUGUAUGGCCCCGGCAGUAUCCAUGUUGCGCAUGGUGAUAAUGAAGCUAUAACUGUUGGGGAUCUGCAGGAGGCUGUUCGCGGAUAUCGGAAGUUGAUCGAGGCGGCUUUGCAGCGUCAAUAAGCUUGGUCCUCUGUCCGCGUGCGAUGUUAUAUACCCAUGCAUCUCAUAUAGAAGUAGCCUUAGAGUCAGAGCAGAUAUGCCCCGGUUGCUCUAGAUCGAAAUAUGAUUGUCUCACGAAGUCUAUCAACGACGGACACUAUUAAGAUUUUUUAUCCCCAAGGAAUCUU